GGGAGCCGGAGCUGAAUGACAGGAUGCAGUCGACUUGAGGCACAGAAAGAAGCCAGCGUCCCCCUGCCCCAGGGACUGCCCUUGCAGACCCAGCUUUCCUGGCCAGUUCCUGACUCCGGCUGGAGGAUUAAGACCAAGGAAGAGUUGUACGUGGAGGGCAUUUUGUUUUGUUUUGUUUUUUUCUUCCUUUCCCUGCUGUCGGAAGAGAAAAUGGAUUGGGGACUUCUCCUGCACUGUGCAGCCCUCACCUUCACCCUCGCCAGGGCGCUGCGAAGCGAUAAAUGUGGCGACACGAUCAAGAUUUUAAGCCCCGGGUACCUCACCUCUCCCGGCUACCCCCAGUCCUACCACCCCAGCCAAAAAUGCGAGUGGCUGAUCCAGGCCCCGGAGCCCUACCAGAGGAUCAUGAUCAACUUCAACCCACACUUCGACCUGGAGGACCGCGACUGCAAGUAUGAUUAUGUUGAAGUGAUUGAUGGAGAUAAUGCUGAUGGACGCUUAUGGGGAAAGUACUGUGGAAAAAUUGCUCCCCCUCCUUUGGUGUCUUCAGGACCAUAUCUCUUUAUUAAAUUUGUUUCCGACUAUGAGACGCACGGAGCAGGAUUUUCUAUCCGUUAUGAAGUUUUCAAAAGAGGACCUGAAUGUUCCAGAAACUUUACUGCGACAAGUGGAGUGAUAAAGUCCCCUGGAUUCCCUGAAAAAUAUCCCAAUAGCAUUGAAUGCACUUAUAUUAUCUUUGCACCAAAUAUGUCAGAGAUUAUACUGGAAUUUGAAAGCUUUGAGCUAGAACCUGAUUCAAAUACUCCAGGGGGAGCGUUCUGUCGCUAUGACCGAUUGGAAAUCUGGGAUGGAUUCCCUGAUGUCGGUCCACACAUAGGGCGUUAUUGUGGGCAGAACAACCCAGGACGUGUCCGGUCAUCGACGGGGAUUCUUUCAAUUGUAUUUUACACUGACAGUGCAAUAGCAAAAGAGGGAUUCUCAGCAAACUACAGCGUGUCACAAAGCACUGUAUCAGAAGAUUUCCAGUGCAUGGAACCACUAGGUAUGGAAUCAGGAGAAAUUCACUCUGAUCAAAUCACUGUCUCCUCCCAGUACAGUGCUAUCUGGUCUUCAGAAAGGUCUCGGUUGAAUUACCCUGAGAAUGGAUGGACUCCAGGGGAAGAUUCUGUCAGAGAAUGGAUACAGGUAGAUCUGGGCCUCCUCCGCUUUGUUUCUGGAAUUGGGACCCAAGGAGCCAUCUCAAAAGAAACAAAGAAAGAAUAUUAUCUGAAAUCAUAUCGUGUAGACGUCAGCUCCAAUGGAGAGGACUGGAUUACACUGAAGGAAGGAAACAAGCCUGUUGUGUUUCAAGGGAAUAGCAAUCCCACAGAGGUUGUUUAUAGAGCUUUUGCCAAACCAGUUCUAACACGGUUUGUGCGAAUCAGACCUGUGACUUGGGAAAACGGAGUGUCACUGAGGUUUGAAGUUUAUGGCUGCAAGAUAACAGAUUACCCUUGCUCUGGGAUGCUGGGUAUGGUGUCUGGGCUCAUUCCUGACUCUCAGAUUACUGCAUCUACUCAAGUGGAUAGAAACUGGAUCCCAGAAAAUGCUCGCCUCAUAACAAGUCGUUCAGGCUGGGCACUGCCACCAACUACCCAUCCAUACACAAAUGAAUGGCUUCAAAUAGACCUUGGUGAAGAAAAACAAGUGAGGGGCAUAAUUGUUCAAGGAGGCAAGCACCGAGAAAACAAAGUAUUCAUGAAAAAAUUCAAAAUUGGCUACAGCAACAAUGGGUCAGAUUGGAAAAUGAUCAUGGAUUCCAGCAAGAAAAAGAUAAAGACUUUUGAAGGCAACACCAACUACGACACACCCGAGCUGCGGACGUUCGAACCUGUCUCGACCAGAUUCAUCCGCGUCUACCCUGAGAGAGCCACACAUGGAGGGCUGGGGCUGAGAAUGGAGCUGCUGGGCUGUGAACUCGAAGCUCCUACCGCCGUCCCCACCGUUUCUGAAGGCAAACCCUUGGAUGAGUGUGAUGAUGACCAGGCAAACUGUCACAGUGGCACAGGUGAUGACUACCAACUGACAGGUGGUACUACAGUGCUGAAUACAGAAAAGCCAACAGUAGUAGACAAUACACUACAACCAGAGCUGCCACUAUACAACUUCAAUUGUGCUUUUGGCUGGGGAUCUCAAAAGACUUUGUGCCACUGGGAGCAUGACAACCAGGUGGAUUUAAAGUGGGCAAUCCUGACCAGCAAAACUGGGCCAAUUCAAGACCACACAGUAGGAGAUGGCAAUUUCAUCUACUCACAAGCUGACGAAAGCCAGAAAGGCAAAGUUGCCCGACUGCUGAGCCCCGUGAUUUACUCACAGAACUCUGCCCACUGCAUGACUUUCUGGUACCACAUGUCUGGAGCACACGUGGGCACCCUGAAGAUCAAACUGCGCUACCAAAAGCCAGAUGAAUACGACCAGGUGCUGUGGACUCUGAGCGGGCACCAGGCAAACUGCUGGAAGGAAGGACGUGUUCUGCUUCACAAGUCUGUGAAACACUACCAGGUGGUUAUUGAGGGAGAAAUUGGAAAAGGAACUGGAGGAAUUGCUGUGGAUGAUAUUAAAAUUGACAAUCAUGUAGCACAAGAGGAUUGCCGAAAAUCAACUGAUGUGGAGAACGAAAUAGAUGAAGAAGAAGACCCAGAAAGUAAUCAAACAGGGUUUACUCCUCCAUACCGUACAGGAGAAGACUACGACGAUAACAUCUCCAGGAAACCAGGCAGCGUCCUGAAGACCCUAGAUCCUAUCCUCAUCACCAUCAUAGCCAUGAGUGCACUUGGGGUGCUUUUAGGAGCCAUUUGUGGAGUUGUCCUGUACUGUGCCUGUUGGCACAAUGGGAUGUCAGAGAGGAACUUGUCUGCACUGGAGAAUUACAAUUUUGAACUGGUCGAUGGCGUAAAACUGAAAAAAGACAAACUGAACACACAGAAUUCAUACUCGGAAGCAUGAAGGUAAAAGCGGCUGGAGACGUUUCAGAGCAUCGGGAUGAAAGGACAUAGCUCGGUCGUGCUGGGGAACUCUUGAUCUUCUUUUACUGUACAGGCUGAAAAGUGCAUUGAUGACACUGAGCCAAGCUUUUCUCAGGAGCUUCAAUGAGUGUGUAACCGAUAAACAUGGACAACAAUCUGUGUUAACGAUCUGAAUCAUGUACAGUCUGCUUUUUCCGUUGGUUUUAUUUGAAAUAAUCGAAUGCUGGUGUUGAGACCAAGGAUGAUUGAUUUAGAGCUCAUUUUCUCUUCCUUU